AUGGAGUGUCCCAAUCAAACAGCACCAACCGAAUUUGUUCUCUCUGGAGUACCAUCCCCUGAAGUGAUAAAGAUUCCAUUGUUCCUCUUCUUCUUUCUCAUGUAUAUACUGACUCUUUCUGGAAACCUGUUGAUCCUCUGGGUGGUGGCAUCUGACCACCAGCUGCACAAGCCCAUGUACUGGUUCCUGUGUCAUCUGUCCAUCCUGGACAUGGCCUUCUCCUCUGUGGUGGUUCCCAAGGUGAUUGCAGGAUUCCUUCCUGGCGGAAAGGUCAUCUCUUUUGCAGGAUGCGUGUCCCAGAUAUUCUUCUUCCAUUUUGUCGGCUGUGCAGAGAGUCUGCUUUACACCCUGAUGGCUUAUGACCGCUUCCUGGCCAUUUGCAAACCUCUUCGUUAUAGCAGUCUCAUGAGCCGGAAAGUCUGCCUCAUCCUCUCCUUAGGAACAGUGCUUGGAGGCUGCCUGAACUCAGCGAUGGAGACAACGCUCACCUUCCUCUUGCCCUACGGACAGAGCAACUCUGUUGACUACAUCUUCUGUGACAUCCCGGCCAUCCUGAAGCUGGCUUGUGCUGACACAAAACUCAAUGAGAUGGUGAUCUUCGUUGAUAUCGGCCUUGUGGCCAUGACCUGCUUCCUGCUUAUCCUGAUCUCCUACGCGUAUAUCGUCUCCGCUAUUUUAAGGAUCAGGAGCAGUGAAGGACAGCACCGGGCCUUCUCAACUUGCACUGCCCAUGUCACUGUGGUGGGCAUAUACUACUUGCCCGUGGUUUAUCACUACCUGAGGCCCGCUGCCCGAGGUUCAGCAGAUGGGGUGGUGAGCAUGUUCUACACCACCAUAACCCCACUGUUGAACCCGGUCAUCUACACUCUCAGGAACAAGGAGAUGAAGGCUGCUUUGAAGCGACUGAUCUUUUCCACCCUCCUUGGCUCCGGAGAGGUUGAAUAG